AUGGGGCGCAAGAAGCGGACCGGCGGCGACGCGGCCGCGGAGGAGGCCGCCGCCGCCGCCGCCGUUGCCGGGCAGCCGUCCGACGUGGCCCCUGCCGGGGGCGGCCAGGAGGCGCCCGCUGCAGGCGCGGCCCCCGCCGCAGAGGCGGGCGCGGGCGCGGCCGCCGCGCCGCUGGGGAGCCUGACCAGCCUCACCGAGAUGCUGAAGGCAAACCCGGCGCUGGCGCUGCAGGUCGCCGCCAACCCGCUGCUGGCCAGCCGAAUGCUGCAGCACGCCCAGGCCUUCACCCAUACGCCCGUGCAGACCAUCAACCCCGACGUUCAG